AUGACAUGGGGUCGUCCAGCAGCUGCGCGUGACAACUCCCACGAGAAGCGCUUGAAAGGAGGGAUCAUCAACCCUGACGAUAUUCACACUACGUUUCAAGACGUCCAUGUUUCGCCUGACACUAUCGACACAUUGAAAAUGCUAACUGGACUAUCUCUGCUUCGUCCAGAGGCUUUCACUUAUGGAGUUCUAGCACGAAGCAAAAUACCUGGUCUUCUGCUUUACGGCCCUCCUGGGACUGGUAAAACGUUACUGGCCAAAGCUGUGGCGAAAGACACACGUGCUACAGUUCUGGAAGUAAGCGGUGCUGACCUCAACGACAAAUACGUAGGCGAGGGAGAGAAGAACGUGAAGGCUGUAUUCUCUCUUGCAAGGAAGUUGGCCUCAAGACAAGGUGGCUGUGUGAUUUUUAUUGAUGAAGCCGACGCCAUUCUUAGUUCCCGCUCCUCAGAGACAUCAUCUCGAGGUCAUCGAGAAACUAUCAACCAGUUCUUGAAGGAAUGGGAUGGCAUGAAUGAGCAAGGAGUAUUCAUCAUGGUCGCCACGAAUCGACCUUUCGACCUGGAUGACGCCGUGCUGCGGCGACUACCCCGACGUAUCCUUGUUGACCUACCUGUUAAAGAUGAUCGGAAGAAAAUCUUGCAGAUUCAUCUCAGAGACGAAUCUCUAGAUGAAUCCAUUUCACUAACGGCGCUGGCAGAGGAAACAAGACUCUUUUCAGGGUCAGAUCUUAAGAACCUAUGUGUGUCAGCUGCUCUGGCUUGUGUCAAAGAAGAGUACGAGUCCGACCUGGCCAAAGAUGUAACGUCUACAUUCCCGGCGGCAGCAAAUAUAUCUUCGGAACGUCGCGUUCUCCACAGGCGCCAUUUCGAUAAAGCUCUACAGGAGAUAGGCUCUAGUGUCAGCGAAGAUAUGGGAAGCUUAGCAGCGAUCCGCAAAUUUGACGAGCGAUUUGGCGACAAGAUGGCGCGGGGAAAGAAAAAAUCACGUUGGGGCUUUGGACAGGUAGACGCCGAGAGCGAAGCUGCGGCUAGUGAGCGAGCGGCGCGAGUCCGCUCGUAA